UUGGCUCACGCCCUGCCGGGAUGUGAUGAAGGUACCGGAGAUGUCUUCGCCGCUGGGACUGUACAUGGCUCCCCCAGCCCGGCACAGAGCCAGCGACAGACCCGCGCCGCAGAUGCUCCUCUCUGAUUCUGAGAGAAGGGAGCGCCUGAUGCUGAUGCGGAGAAGUUUUUUCUCACCUCUCCGUCAGUAAGUUGCUGGCGAGCGUUGUCACAUGAUAGAACAGGGAACUGAAACUCCAGGCACGGCUCAGAACGAGCCGGCGUUGGAAGGCGCGGCGGAGGGGAACGGAUUGGAAUCCCCCGCCGGACGGAGGAUGGACGCCCAGGACAACAAGAUAAGCGUCUGGGUCUGUCAAGAGGAGAAACUGAUCUCGGGGCUGUCGAGGCGCACAACUUGCGCCGAUGUGAUAUCUGCCUUGCUGGAGGAAGCCGCUCUCAGCGCGUUACUGUCCGGAGCACCGGACACGUACUGCCUGGUGGAGAAGUGGAGGGGCUUCGAGAGGACGUUGCCCAACAAGACCAAGAUCCUGCGGCUGUGGCGGGCGUGGGGAGAGGAGCGGGACAAGGUGACUUUCGUGCUGGAGAAGACCCGCGCCGCGCUGGGCCGGGCGGGGGUCCGGAGCGCCCAAGCUCGGGUGGUGGCCAGCAGGGACAACCCAUGCAAGGUGCGCGGAGCGGCCGGCGCCGGCCUCGCCAUGUCCCGGGACAAGCAGAGGAGGGUGGUGCGCAAAGCCUUCAGGAAGCUGGCCAAGAUGAACCGCUCGAAGCGGCGGGAGGGCGGCCCGAAGGAAGAGAGGUGCGGAGAGAGGAUGGAGACUCUGGUGCACCGGGUCCUGUCGCAGGACCACACCAUCCGGCAGCAACUGGAGCGGCUGCGGGAACUGGACCGCGACAUCGACCUGUGCGAGGCCAGGAUACACCUGGACAGGAUGAGGAAACACGGCGCCAACUACGUGCAGGACACUUACUUGGAAGGGGGUCCCGCGCCGUGCCGGGACGCAGCCGAGGGGCAGGCGGAGGAGGGGGCGGCGGCGGAGGGUCCGGAACGGAGAGAGGAGGGGGCGGAGGCGGCGGAGGCGGCAGCGGAGGAGGAGGAAAACCCCGAGGUGGAGGUGGAGGUGGGCAGCACCGGGCUGGACCCGGACCAGUUGCGGGAACAGCUGCAGGCCAGUUUGCGUCUCGGAUUGCGGCUGAGCAGCGAUUUGGAGGAGUGCCGCAGGGCGCUGGAGCGGAGCCGGAGUAUGCGGCGCCUGAAGCGGGAGGAGUUGGAGCGGCUACUCCGGGAGCUGCGGGAGUUGAGCAGCAGCCCGGAGCCGCCGGCCCGGGACACGACCACCGCCGACCGGGCUGGGGAGGAGGGGGAUUCGGCGGAUGAUUCGGACACGGGGCUCAGCUCCAUGAACAGCCUAGACUCCGACCCCGCCCCCGUCGCCGAGUCCCUGGUCUAGACCCCGCGGCCAGGGGCCCGCCGACCAAAAGCGGGGAAACUUUCAGAUUCCUGCUGCACGGGCAUCGCCGCUGUUCGUUGUUGGGUGAAAAAUCGCUGCUGUGGUCGGGUCACGGACACUACCAGCAGCCGCACUGUCCCGUGCUGGAACUAAAACAGAAACAUCUCAGAGCGAAAAGUUUGGACGUUCCAGGUUUUUAUAAUACUGUACUCGGGGCCGGUCUUGCAACAUCUGUGAGAAGAAAAAGUUUUAAUGUUUAGUUUUAAAACUCUCAGGGGGAGGGGGAAAGAAAACUUAAUGUUUCAGAUAUUUUAGCAGGUGUUCCCAGACCCGUUGCUUAGUGGUAUUGGCCCAUGGCCUAAAAAAGGUUGGGAACUCUGUUGGAGAUAAUUACUAACCCGAACAUCUUUGGACACCCGGAGGAAAUCCGUGCGGUUCACGGGGAGAACCUCCAUACAGGCAGCGGCGGGAAGUGAACCCGGCUCGCCGGCGCUGUGAAGCGUUACGCUACCGGGCCGCCCGCGUUCGGCAGGUCCGGCAUCAGCUGUGGAGUGAGAAGGGAAAUUUAAUAUUUCAGGUUUUAAAAACACCCAGCUCAGGGAGCAGAGGAAGUGUUUCGGAUCCAAAAUAUUUUCUCCCCAGGGUUGGGGAAUCAGGAAGAAGUUGGUUGAAGGUGAGAGGGGAGAGGAGGGUGGGAGUGGUAGAGUGUGGAAUGAGCUGCCGGAGGAAGUGUUUGAGAUGGGUACGUGGGAUGUGGAAUGGUACCCCACAAAAACAGGCCCUGUGGCUCACCAUAUUGCAUUUAUUUAUUUAUUUUAGUGAUACAGCAUGGAAUCGGCCUUCCAGCCUCACUGCCCCAACGAUCCCAGAAAACCUGAUGUACCCUAACCCAAACACCCGGCACAACCGCGGGCCAAAGGACCCGGUCUGUCUCCACCAUCACUCCUGGCAGCACAUUCCAGGCACCCACCGCGCUCGGUAUGAAAAAACCUGCCCCAAAGAAUCGCAUUUAGAAGGUACUUGGGCAAGUACCGUGACUGGAAAGGUUUAGAGGGGCAAGGGCCAAAAAGGGACGAGCUAAGAGGUUAGCAUGGAGCAGCUGGGCCGAAGGGCCUGUUUCUGUGCAGUAUGACUCCAUGACUGAGAAGGUUAGACGUGGAGAGGGAGAGAGGGAGUGUGGGUGGAAGAACUCGCUGUGAUGCUCCUGAGAGUAAGUUUUUCAUUGCACACGGGCAUUUGUGUACUUGUGCACUGGAUCAUAAACUCGACUUUGAAAUUUGCCAGAACUGUUUUAUCACAGAAGCG